UGUAAACAGUUAUUUUCACUUUUGAAAGUUGGCUCUUGUAGUAACAAUCAAAGUGACAACAAAGACAAGCGACAGCUGACAGUGGAUUAUUUCAAAUGUCAAUAAUGUCAAAGUGUCAAGUAUUUUUCAGGUUAAUAUGAAUUCUUGCUAGAAAAUUAAAAUAUAAAGAAGUUUUAUGCAAACUUUUGAGAAAUGGCGGUAUAUAAACAUUGCAGAUGUUGCCUAAAAUAUCAAAAUAAUUAUGUUGCAUUUAAUUUUACGGAUUCCGAAAGUAAAUUUAGUGUUUCUGCAGCAUUACGUUUAGUUGUUCCAGAAUUGGUUAUUUCGGCAUGUUUACAGAACCGAAGGCUGUCAUCCCCGUCCACACGCACAAAUUAUACCGCACAAACCGGUUUGCGCAAACCAAAACUUUCAGCAAGACGACGAAAGCACAGGCCGUGCUUUUUGGUUUGCACGAGAUACAGUUUUCCCGUCCACACACACGGGCGUCCCGAUACAAACCAGUUUGCGCAAAAUCAACAGGCUCCAAAAAAAGCUGUCAUAUGUACGCAAUGCUACGCUUUAUUGAUAUUGUCAUAUAAUUUUCGCUUACAAACUUUUAAAACGGAAAAUAUUAUUAGCGCAUUCAGAAAAAAAGAUCGACAUAUACCUAAUUUUUCUGAAGAAGAUUUAGCUGAAGUAGCAAAACUUAUCCACAAUACUGACGGUACUGCCCCUGAACCUCUGCGAAACGAGGAAGAAAUAAUAAAAAUAAUUGAAGCAGCAGAAUAUUUUCUUAAAGGAAAUAAUAGCAAUCUAGUAAUAAAUGAAAAUGAUCUUACAAAGCAGUCAGUUGAGUCAGUUAAGCUAGGUGAAAAUGGAGGUGAUACAAAUGAAACGGAUUCCAAUUCAGAAAAGUACCACGAAGAAAAAACAAUAGAGCAUAAGAAUGAAGAAUUGGACGCUGGAAACUAUAUACGAUUACCUCAAGGGAUUUUAACGAAACAUUAUCUUAAACAAUCUGAACUUUGGUCUAGUGUAAAUACCAAUGUAUCAGAUAAAGAAAACCAAACAUACAGAUUAGAGCCAGGAGAAGUACUACCCCUUACAGCGAAAUUGACACCAGUCAAAUAUAAAAUAGAUCGGAAUCUUUCAGAUGAAACACUGAAAGAUUCUAGCCUAAAUACUAGCGGUCCUAAAAGUGAUGAAAAACGAUUAUCCAGGCCAUCAGAAGACGUUAACAGCAAUACAGAAGUAAAACAACUUAUACCUACUCAUAACAGUCAGUUGGAUUGUUCUUCAACUACACCACCCAACAGUAGUAUUGCAAGCAAAACAAAACCGAAAAAACGUCAGUCCAAAGCAAAAAUUAAAGCCAUCGAAGAAGAUCCAAAUGUUUCACGGAAGGGCAGAAGGGUUUCAAAAAAAUCCAUAAAUAAAAGAAAAACUAAAAGUCUCUCACCAAAAGAGGACAUGGAGGUUGAAAAUAACAAUACAGCUAUAUCAAAACCGCCCGAUGUAAGUCAAGAAACUUUGUACGAAAAUCUCGACAUAAAAAAAGAACCAUUGUAUGCAGAAGAUUAUCUAAACUUUUUCGAAUAUACAGAAGAGGAAAACCACGAUAUGGAAUGGAACAACGAAUCAUUAUCCAGUGCAUUCCAAUCUAUGGAUAAUAUUCAUAAUAUUGAUAACAUCGUAGAUAUUCUACCUGAAAUUGGUGAUGAAAUAGAUACCCCCGAGUACGUCAGAAUAAAUAGUAUAAGACCUGCUUCUUUUAAGGAUAUAAAGAAUCAAUUAUCUGGGGAGCCAGUAGGUACCGAUAAAUCAUCGGUUAAAAAAGAUAAAAAGAGGUCAAUUAGUCAACCUGGCGUUUACUAUCCCACCUACCCGAUAUACAGCGAGACUGGUGACUACAUUAAUGAUCACGAUUAUUUGUCGACUCCUUACGUCACAAACGGCAUAUUACGACGAAUAGGCAAAAGGAGGGUGUGCGUAUGUUGGCUGUGCGAUGCCAGUCAUGCUGUCGGGCAACACGGCUUUCACAUGAGAAGACAUGAAAAAAGCACGACAUGUACCGUAUGUCACGUUAAUUUCCACAAUGUUUUUCUUUUAAAUAUUCACGUCAAGCGCCAUUAUUCGUAUUGCAAUCCAUGUAAGACGACAGUUUCAUACCUGAGUCAUCACUUGCACGUCAAAUGCGACACUGCAAAUGAAGAAUCGAAAUGUGAAAAUGACCAAUAUUAUAAGGAUAUCCCCGACAAAAACUUCGACAAUCAGGAGGUUUCGUUAAAAGAAAAGGUUACCGGUACAAAACCUGUAAAAACGCAAUCCCAACAACAACUGAAACCUGAUAAAGAUCUUCUUAAUAUAAGAAAAAGCAGCAGAAUAGCUAAGUGUACUAAUAAUAAAAUACAAAUGAAAUAAAAAAAUAGGCAUAUUUUUAAAAAGUAGCUUUUCAAAUAGAGCAGGCCAGGAAAUCGUAUUUUAAUUUAAACAUUGCUCUGCUGCUCCCUGACCAUAUUUUCCUUUUUAGCAUGCAGCUAAGUGUACGCUAAUUCAUAAUUUUUUUGAGAAGAUCAAUAUUUGUAUUAAAACGGAACAUGAGUAAUUUUCUGUUUGGAUGAAGUAUUUUUUAUAUAUAAUUUCUCAAGACUCAAAAACAAAGAUGUUGAUUAAAAAACUCAAUGUUCAAAUUCAAUUCGUUCAGAAUGUUAUAUAGAUAAAAUAAUAAAAAUAUAUGUAUAUUUAGGUUUAUAUUAUACUAGAUGUAUAAAACCUAUAUUUGUACAAAAUACUCUAGAAUAAUUUAUAUUGUUUAUUUUGAAUAAAAAUUGUUAAUUUCG